AUGAGUGGCGUCGCAGGCAAUCCCAGACUUCAGCAUCCAUCAUCGUCGUCGUCGUCGUCACCGUCGCCAUAUUCUACAGACCAGUUUAAUUUACAUCACGACCAUCCUCAUCCUCAUCCUCAUCAUCCUCACCCAGAUGAUAGCAGUUACCAUCAUUUCCAACCGGAUCAUGAUCACAAUAGAACACAGAACCCCCAUACCCACCACUCUGAUAUGCCUGGCCGAAGAUCAGGGACCAUUGAAGUCCCUGCGACUCAGCGAAUGCUAGCUGCUUGCAGUGGCAGUCUUCUAACCUCUCUUAUAGUUACGCCCCUUGACGUCGUCAGAGUCCGUCUCCAGGCUCAAUCACAUACCCCACCACCGGCUGCCGCAGCCAAUACAUCCACCACAUCCGCUGUCCUCCGUUCCCACCGUCUACCAUCCCAACCAUUCUCUCUCCCAACAGCAGCACAUAUCUCCCGUCCCAUCUCCGACUUAGGCGUAACCUCCUGCUGCCGUGAGGUCUUCUGGGUUUCUUCUACAAACGAGCUGUGCCUCGCAUAUCCUACAAUCGGGAAUACCGUUCCCGGGUCUUCGUCUCUUACAAAACCGUCUGUAGACGCUGCGUCAUGCCUUAUCGAAACAACCUCUUCCCAUAGGUUUACGGGAACUUGGGAAGGUCUUGUGAAAAUCGGGAGAAAUGAAGGUCUACAAAGUUUAUAUCGUGGUCUAUCACCCACAUUACUCAUGUCGAUUCCCGCCAAUGUGAUCUAUUUCACGGGCUAUGAAUCGCUACGGUACUCAAAUAAAUCGCCACUAUCGAAAUUAUCGGAUAACAUGGCACCUUUAAUAGCUGGAAGUCUGGCAAGAACAAUAGCGGCGACUGUAAUCGCUCCGAUGGAACUGUUCAAGACAAGACUGCAGGCUGCGGCACAUCCUAAGCCUGGAAGCCAAGCAGCAGCGGGAAACAGUGUUUCGGCAUUUCGGAGCACAAUCGAUAGUGUUAGGAGUAUGGUUGCGCAACAAGGUGUGACGUCAUUAUGGCGAGGACUGAUGCUAACAUUGUGGAGGGAUGUUCCAUUCUCCGGUAUAUAUUGGUGGGGGUAUGAGACUGUCCGUGCGUUCCUGGCAGAGGAGAGGUACGGACGAGCUCACCAUCUCGGGCCGAUCGAAAGACAUCGAAACAUAGAUAAUGAAACGUUGGCUAAGGAGGAGGAUAAGGCCACUUUCAUUGAUUCGUUUGUUUCGGGAGCUACUAGCGGUGCUAUAGCUGCAUUUGUGACGACGCCGUUUGAUGUUGGCAAAACUAGAAGACAGGUGUGGAGGGCUUCUGGUGACGCUGCUACUGCUGGGGGGUCUACAACGGCAGCAGCAGCGAUGAGUAGCGAGGGGAGUAUGCCGAAGGUUUUGGCUGAGAUAUAUGGUCAUGAGGGAGUUAGAGGUUUGUUUAGAGGAUGCAUCCCUAGGAUGUUGAAGGUUGCACCGGCAUGUGCAAUCAUGAUUUCGAGUUACGAGAUUGGAAAGAAAGCUGCGAUGAGGAUAAAGGAGCAGGAAGAGAACUAG